AUGAGCCCGCAGAUUCUCAGCAUCAAGCACGAAGCCGCCAUUGGAGCCAGAGUCACCAAUUGGUCACCAAACAGGGUGGCCGCCAAGUCCGAAGUGAUCCUCUGCAAACCGUCCGACUGGGCCGACUGGUACGAAGACUUCGUCGCUAGGGCCGAGACCUCCAAGAUCCUCAAGCAUGUCGACAUCGAUCAGGAAGGACCAGGCCUGGUCGAGCUGCAGGAGCCCAUGACUUCUGAGCAACUGCUCGCAAAACACCUCAGGGAUGCAACUGCCACUUGGACGCAAGCAUUCCGUGUAAAUCCUGGUACUGCUGGACCGCGCCCCGAACUGGCCGAAGACCUGACCGAUGCACAAUGGAAUCGGAUCGCUCGUCUCCAGGCGGAAUACAAGGUCAAGAUGGUGACAUACUCGAACCAUCAACGUGCCUACACUGACCUUGCCGCUUGGGUCCGAUCAACUGUUGACAAGACCUACCUCGGCAAUACCUCGUCCAAGUCGAACCUCCGCACCAUCGUCCGCGAGCUAAAGUCGAGCCUUGCACCCACCGACACAGAGCAAUUUGACGAGGCGCGUUUGAAAUACCGCCAAGUCCUCGGUCAAACCAAAAGGGUGAAACCAGAAGACUGGCUCGUCGCGUGGAACAAGGCCAGGCUUGAAGGGGAGAGACGCAAGAUCCCCGAGCUUCAAGGGCAUGCCGGGAUCAGCGAUUUCCUGACUGCGGUUACUACCUUCGAUCCAGUCGUCUUCAGGGCCGAUCUCCUAAACUUGGCCAGCGAGCCAGGAACACGAGGCUUUCGCAGCCAGAAGAGAAGGCUCUGUGUCGCUACAUCGAUCGUCUCGACCGCAUCAACCUCGCAGUCCGCGUGA